GUAGAAGUCGAGUUUGUUCAUCAUACAGUUGUCAAAAUAAUCGUUGCAUGUAACGCUUGCCUGACCACCUACCCCGAGCACGGACAAAAGUGCCCGGUGUAUAAAUUCAUCUGUAUAGAAGUUCUUGAUCACUGAGUCUGAGAGUGGUUUGAAUGCAUGUUAUGUGAUGAGAAUUUUGCCAGAUUUGAAAGAGUUCUAGGGCUGUGAGCGUUCAUUUGGUAAUUUUACCUGCACUUUCCCAUUUGCUUUUAUCUCAAGUGCUGCAUUGGCUCUCUCAUAAGGUUUGUUCUCUUUUCUUUGCUCCAAUCUGCCUUUCCUUCUAUACAGAAUCUGUACAUAGCUGCAUUUUUACCUGGUUGUUCGUAACAUCUUUGUAUCGAGCUUCUAAAGUUCGGUUGGCGGGGUUUUUCGGUCCCGUUUUAUUUUUCUUACUUUAAUUUCAGUAGUUUUUCAUUUGCCUGUAUCCUUUAACCAUUCUUGCUUCAAAUUUUGAAGGUGCAAAAAUGUACUUGUGCUGCAAAAGGAAGAAAAGGGAAGUAAAAGGAAGACUACCAUGUGGCCUGUGUAGCUUUCAUCCUUAUUCUCCUCUCCUUUUGCAUGUACAUGUUAACAAUGGAUCCUCAAUGUAGGAGUUUGAAAAUGAGCAUACAAUUGAGGGAGUGCUUCUUGAAGCACUUCUAAGAACAAGCGUUUUUGCUAGAUGCACGUUCAAAUUUGAAUUAAAGGCUUAAAUGUUCUUCUAAAAGUGCUUUUAUUAUCCGGAAACACUUCUGACUUUUUCUAUCAAAAGUUGUCUUGAGAUUUUUUUUUUGUUUUUUGUGUAAUUUCAAGGCGUUUUUAGCUUUUCUGAAAACACUUCCAAACAGAUACCUCUAGAAAUCAAGAGUUGCGGUUAUUUCAAUAAAUUAUCAUGGUAAAAAUUUCAAGUUCUACUUUUCAUCAUAAGGAAAUUUGUUUUAAGCCGUUAGUGUUUGGCCAAAAAAAAAAGCAGAAAUAGUUUCAUCUUGCAAACCUUCUCUUUUUGUUUAGGGAGCAAUUUUCCAAAACUUACUACUAUGUCUAAACACUUUUGCUAGAAGCACGUUGAAAUUUAAUUACUAUGUCUAAACACUUUUACUAGAAGCACGUUGAAAUUUAAUUAAAAUCUAAAAAGUGCUUUUACAAUCUAAAUGUAUGUCAAACACUGACAAAUCGCUUGUUGUCAAUAAAACAUCGCGGCAAAAAUUUCUAGUUCUACUUUUCAUCAAAAGGAAGUUUGUUUCAAGACAUUGUUGUUUGAAAAAAGCAAAAUAUUUUCACCUUGCCAACCUUCUCUUUGUGGUAAAACUAGCAACGAAAGUGACAUCAUAGGUGAUGAGCUGUAAAAUAUUUUGGUAAAAUAUCUUGGAGCUGAUGCUAAUGUUACAAAUGAAUUGGUAUUUUGCACUUCCGUACGGUUUUAUAGUUAAAAUGGUCUCUGAGAUUGGCAUAAUUCUUCAUUUUGGUCCCUAAGAUUCGAUAGAAGUGAUUUCUAAGUUUGUACACCGUAAAUUAUUUUGGUCAUUCCGAAAAAAUUUAUCAAUAUCUUUGUCAAAUUGUCACGUGAACGACCAUGUGACCACCUUUUUAAGGAUAUUUUUGUCAAAUCAACUCAUCUACUUAACGAGGAUAUUAAAAUAUUUUCAUAGAAUAAACAAAAUGAUUUACGGUAGACAAACUCAGAGAUCGCUUCUAUCGAUUUUUAAUGUCAUGGAUUAAAAUGAGAAGUUAUGCCAAUCUCAUAGAACUAAAAAGCCCCAAAAUAUUCAUUUGUUGUUUUCCUCCCUCCAUUCCACACAACAAGGUCACAACAAUGGUAAAAAAAUUCCUUUUCUAUUACGUCCUAAUUUACUUUUGCUUCAAACUUUACUUCACGUAAGUUUUCAUGUUCUUUCUUUGUUCCUUUUUUAUAGAUUAAUUUUAAAGAGAGUAACAUAGAAAAUAAAAUUUCUUAUAAAAGCUGAUAUGGGAAUAGUAACAGAAAAUUAGAAGCGAAUUACAAACACAAACUAAUUACAAACCUUUAAUCAAAAAUGAAACUCGAGAACACUGAAUCGUGGGUUAUGUCCGGUAUUAUUAUAAGUUUAGUGUGCCUCCGGUUCUAUUUAUGACUAAAAGUUUGUAACUGACCUUUUUUGUGCGCAUUUUCUAUAUUACAAACGUGGGUUAAAAUUAAAAUGUAUAUGGUGCAAUCCAGGGAUGGAAAUAUGGGAGGGAAGUGAACUAGUUGAAGGGAGAAGGAAGAGUGCCCGAAUAUUGGCAUUGAAGGAGGUUAAGAAGAACAAGGAAAUCUCCAAAUCCAAAGACAAUGUCGGUAGAGAGAACAGUCAGACACCCGUUGCAGCAAAACCAGCAGCUUCUGGUGCCAAGAGGGGCCGAAAGCGCAAAAAACUUGAAGAUGUAGGUCUAUCUUCUCAACAGCUGCAGGGUCCUUUCCAUAAGUCGCAGCUCGGUAAUCCUUCCCUUCUCAUUUGCCGUUGCAUGAAGGAUUUUGAAGACCGAAUACAUGAUGUCGAUGCGAUCAAGAUCAAACAACUGUUAUCUACGCCAUUGUCGGUGAAACAAGUCUGCGAGUACAUCCUUAAUACAUUACAGAGGAGGGACACACAUGAUGCAUUUGCUCAGCCUGUUGACCCUAACAAGGUAACAACCUAUUACGCAAUCAUAAAAAAUCCAAUGGAUUUCGGCACCGUGAGAGAUAAACUUCAUGCAGAAAUGUAUGCAACCCUGCAACAAUUCAAGCGUGAUGUGCUGCUGAUACCCAAAAAUGCAAUUCACUUUAACGCAGAAGCCACCAUAUAUUACCAAGAGGCUCAAGGUAUAAAAGAUCUAGCCGACGAACUUUUCAGAACUCUGAGAUGUGAUCGACUACGUUUUCUGUUAAAAUAUUACUUCCAUGAAAUACUCUGCCCUCAUGGAAAUGGUGGAGAUAUACACUCAAAGUUUCUUGAACCAACUGGGAAGCCAAAGUUUCUUGAACCAACUGGCAAACCAUGGCGCUUGUGUGGCUCAUCCCUCAGAAGAGAAAAACAAGCAGAUCCAAAUCCUGGAUUGAGAGAUGGUAGGGACUCAAAUUUAGCCGAAGCGCAGAGGCGUUACACUUAUUGUACGCCUUCCAAAGAGAAUGAAUCUUUAAUCUCAGCUGUCUACAAUGCACCCAACAAAUCACUUGUUCAUAUUGAUGCUGGUUUAGGAUACAAAGAAAGUCUCGUGCGCUUUGUUAAAAAUUUGGGGCCAACAGCUCAAAUGGUUGCUAAGAAGAAAUUAGAAAGUCUAGUUGCAGCUCAGAAUUGUCAGCCUCAGGCAACCCCUCCAUUUCAGAACCAAAAUUAUCCUGCUUUCGCCCUAUCUGCAUCACCGGCACUUGGUCAUCCUAUUGGUGUUAAUAGUUCUCAAAUGACUCAAAUGCAACAUAAUUCCCAGUAUAACUUGCCAAAGGAAGUGAAUGUUCCUUAUUUUCUUGGUGAUGCUUCUGCACAAGGAUAUGCCCCGGUUAGAGCCAGCCUAUGCAUCAAUGAGGGUGCUUACAAUAGAAACAUGAAUGCACCCGACACAUCCAGAAUAGACAUGAAGGGUAAUCUCAUUGACCCGAAAGGGAAGGCACAUGAGGAAGGAUAUACGUAUAAAAAAGCUUUCCCGGAACGGAUAGGUAUUGAUAUAAACAAAAUCAUGGACUCCCCUAGUCUUACCAAUGGUAUAAGACUUCACAAGAGCAAAAUGGAAGGCAGGCCUCAUCAAAAUCAGAACAGCAACGUUCAGUUGGAGUCGCACAUUCGCGUUGUUAGAGAUUUGGGUGGUCCUGAGACAAACAGCACAAAGUUUAGGACUGUGGAUAUGCUAGCAGAACGUAACAAUGUAGGAAACCUGCAGCUGCUUCCGCAAGCUCGGAUGUCUAGGACUGCAUUGAAUCAGUCGAGGCUGCAAGAGAUCAUGUCAAAUACCAACACCUAUCUCAGGACAUCAUCUUACUUGCCUUCACCCACUCCAGAGAUGUCGAGUUUGAUCCAGACAACAACUUCCUUCAAUGGUUUCGACGCUCAACUGAGUAGCAACUAUGCAGCUAACUCUUUUCAUGCAGGUCAGCUUCCUCAAAAGAAUAACUAUAUAGCUAACCCUACACAGGCAGGUCAGCUCAUGCCUCAAUUUAACAGUCCCAAUGCGGCGCAAGGUGUGCAAGAAAUGAGUAGCUUUCCGAGCAUGAAACUGAAGCUUGGUGAGGAUCAUAGUGCAUUGGCAAAGAGUGACAUGUUUAUGAGGAGAGAACAAGGGGUGGAGUCACUGGCGGUUCAGGGAAUAGUGAAGCCUCCUCCCUUGUACAAUGCAUUUGGUAGCCAUGAAAGAGCUUCAACUCAAUGGUACCAAAAGGAGCCUACUCCUGAACAUCUUCUGCCCUGGCUGGUGGACUCUCAGCAGCCUAACUUGUCUCUUCAGCUGUGAGUUGAGCUAUUUGAGGGACUCCUUUGAACUAUCAUCCUAUGAAUGUGGAUCAAAUGGACUUGUUUUGUAUUUCUCCUUUGAAUGUCCUUUGCCUUGUCGUAAGUUAGAGAUAAUUUUAUGUUUUAUGUUCUAGUGUGUGAUGUCUUUCUUAGCGUUGUUCAUCUAUGUCGUCUCUGAACUGCUUUCGUAGCACCCCAGACUUAUGUUUUAUGUUCUAAUGUGUAAUGUCUUCAUUUGUGUUCAUCUAUGUCCAUCCCUUAGGGCUUCAA